AUGGACCGUAAUAUCGGUCGUCUGAUGCCCAGCGCGUAUUUUGACUAUUUACCAUUACUCGGCGCUUUUGUGGUAGCUGGAGAUCGGUUUACAGAAAAGAAGACCGGCUUCAUUCUCUACAAUAUUUCGGCAGGAAUUUUGACUACGGAAUUGGCUGGAUGGGUCUCGCGCUGGAUCCGAGCACAGGAUUUAUACAAAGUUCGAAGCAAAGUGACAUGGGAAGUGGCAGAUCGCCCUUUUCGAUGGACCAAAUUCCUUUUUGGUUUCACUUUGAUCAGUUUACCAAUACAUGGAAUGCUUCUCGCCUUGACCGUACUUUCGGCUGACUGGUGGGGGUUCGCAAAUGUCAUCUCUAUGAUUAUAUCUGUCGCAGUAAGAUGUGGACAGGUACAUCAGAAUCAAGCUGGUAUUGAUGCAAAUAUCGAGACAGCUGAAAAGGAAGCCCAGGCCAAAGUGUCAAAGUACGAGAGGGCCCUCCAACAAUUCGAGGACUGGGAGCGAACGGGUUCCAGUACAGAGACGAGAGACCCACCUGUUGAGCCAAAGGACUUCCAUGAGGCAAAGGUUCUUAUGGUGACCGACGACUCGAAGAUUCUGACACUUGUUGCCCCGAACUAUCUCAUCAAGGCGAUAUUCACCACAAAUCCUCGCAUCCCGAGUCCCAUAUUUUAUUUGACCUGCCGAGCAAUUGGUUGGGUUGCGUUCGCCGUGCAUGUUAUUAGUAUUGGCAUGGCAGAGCUGCCAACACAGAUUUGCUCCGUCGUGCUCAUCAUCGUUGCAACAGUCCUCACAGGCUACAAGGUCGGCUCUGAAGACUCGAAGUCGAAGAUAUGGAAAGCCUUGCGGCGCCGCUUUGCGCGGGGAAACGAAGAGGAUGAGACAUUGACUUGCUGGGUGACCUCGAGAUUGAAGGCCACAAUAUCCUCAUACCCAGAGGAUUGGAGCGUGUGGACGGAAGAUGAGCGGAAAUUUGCUCGUUACCAGAACGCAAAUGUGGAGAAAGGCAGCCUGAACGGGACAGGAAGCAAACCAAAGACCUUCAUCGACGUCGAAAGUCUUUCGCCGGCUACCAAGCAAGAGCCUGUCCAAGAGCGACGUCAGGAUCUUUAUGCCUGGCUAGACCUGACAGAAGAGCAGGAUAGAUGUCUUGUCGCAUGGGGCUUGAUCCCGCAUAACACCGACUGGCAGAAUAGCUACCAGGACAAAAAGAGGAUUCAUCGACAGAGAGAGAGACAUGGAAAAGGUCGAGGAACAGAAACAAAAUGUUAA